AUGACGUUGUCGCUUCCGCCGCCUACCGAUGCAAAACUCGCACCGUUCACCCCCAGCGGCGAACAAGUGCUCGUCCACGCACUGGAUCUGCUCGCGCUCUCCCCCACUGACGUUCUCUUCGACUUGGGCUGCGGUGAUGCGCGGAUGUUGGUGCACGCAGCGGAACAGACGGGCGCUCGUGGCGUAGGCGUCGAGUACAAUGCGGAGCUGGUGAAGCGCGCGCUGGCUCAUGUUGAGGCGCGCGGCGUGAAGGACCUCGUGGACAUUCGACAUGGAGAUGCACUGGAGGUGGACCUCACGACAGCGACUGCAAUGUUCCUGUACCUCGUGCCACGAGGCAUUCAAAUGCUCUUGCCAAAGUUGGAAGAAGCGCGACGACUGGACGUCCGAUUCGUGACGUACAUGUUUUCAAUCCCUGGCUGGAUACCCACUGACGAGCGCGUGUACAAAGGCACGAAAGUCUAUCUGUACAAUCCGUCCGCAUCGGCACCACACUGA